UGGUGACCUUUCAUCAGGCCUAGGAAAUGUUAAAUUCAGCUACAUCUUAUAUUGCAUGGCAGAGGGAAAGAGUGGAGAAAAGCAAAUGGCUGUCUCUGCUAAACUGGAGACCUAAGGUGAUGGAACAAUGCAAGAGCUGGCAGACGGUAUUGAGAGCGUGGUAAUUUCAGCCGAUCUGUCUGGAGGAGUGAGCAGAAUGAGAUGAAUGAAUUCAGUUCAGAGAGAGAGAGAGAAAAGAAAUGCUAGAAUGGUGUGAAGUAGAAUAUUGCAUUUACUGGUAACGUGAAAUAAAAGAGAAUUCUGGAAAUACUCAGCUGAUCAAGUCACAUCGGUUGAGAAAGAAACUGAGUUAAUUUUAUAGGUCAAUGGUCUUUCAUCGGAACUGUGCAAAUAAGAUAAGCAAGGCUGGUGGAGAGAACUUCACAUUUCCAGCUUUCUCUACUUCAGUAAACUUCUUUUGUUUCAACCCCUUCCAAACUGAUGAAAUGUCACCAAACUGUAGUUAACUCCACAGACGCUGCCUGACCUGUUGAGUAUUUCCAACAUCCUCUGCUUUGGUUUGUAUAAAGCUUUUUGAGUAUAUUUUUCCAGCUGAAAGUUAACUGUGUAGAUUGGAGUUGUGUCUGUUUUAAGUCCAUUUUAGCUGUUUGCAUUUUAUUGUCUCUUCCCUGGAAUUUGUUUUUUUUCAGAGUGGGUCUACCUCUGUGCUGGUGAUUUGCAUGGCACUUUAUGUUUGCCUGUCCUUCCAACUCUGUCUCCAUCUGUACCACCUGUGGUUCUGUAAACAGAACGACAUUUUCUCAAUAAAACACAAGGAUGUUUUUGUAAAUUGCCUGACGUCAUUUACAGUAGACUGUCAGUAUCUCACUGAAGUCUUGCCUCUUCCGUGGUUGUUUUUAGGUUAUGUUUUUAGUACACUGCUGAUCUGGAGCAAGAUGAAGGCACUUUUGAUGUCUGCUCUGCAAAUUGUUGGUGGCCGUGCAUUCGGUGUGGAUGUCGUUAUCUAAGAUGGCAUUUUCUUAUGUAGAACUGCGGGACUGCUGCAUAUUGCAGUACCAUCACUUUGUUAAGCGGAGAACCUCUUUGCCCUCCCCAGUAUCUGUAAAAGAUCACACUGUUCUGCUGGAAGGAAAACGCAGCGUUUCUACCUUGCAUCCUGAGUGGUAAUCGUUUCUCUGCAGCAACACUCAAGCAGAUGAUCUAAUUUCUGUUUUGUGGGAACUGUGCACAAAUUGACCGCCACAGUUCCUAGUUUAUGUCAGGAAGUUUUAAGUUUUGUGCAAAUGGAAAUAAGUGUGAGGCACUGAUAGGGUAGAUAGUGAUAAACUUUUUUUUUCCCCAGAGCAGAAGACCAGAGAUUUAAGGUACCAUUCUCUGCUUCCACUUCCGAGAGAGCUUCUCCCAGAGGGUAAACUGUAAGGCUAGGGUUGAAUGACAUGGAUCUGUGCGAGGCGGAGGACCUUGACACCGACGAUGAGGUGUUCGACCAUGACCUGAUGGCUCCCGACAGCGGGUACAGCGAGGCCAGAGGGAACUGUCCGCCCAGCUGGAAUCCAGCCCGCCCCCGGCUGUUUUCACAGGCACAAUCCUACGGAUCGCCAUAUAGCCACAGGGAACAGUGUGACAGGGGCACCCAAACAUCCAGUUCAACUCCUUCAGCCCUGCACCCGGAGUUACCCAAUCCCAUGUUACCCAGUGGAGUUGGAAGUGAGCCACAGAGACUGUUCUAUGGUAAUGCAGGGCACCGGUUGCAAUUUUCGGAAGUUUUUGAAGUGCCGCGGGCCAGCAGAGCAUCCCUCGGCGAUCAGGCGGAUGACAUCCCGCUGGAUUUGCUACCGGUGGACAGAGUGGAAGUCCGGAUCGGGCAGAAACUACGGCAGAUCGGGGAUCAGUUCCACAGCUCGUACGUGGAAAGGAGGAACAGAAAUGAAAAUCGUGCUGACCAGCCAUUCUGGUGGAGGCUCCUGGUUCUCAUCUUUGCCUUAAUCUUUGAUCCAGACGAGAACGUGGAGGCUGCAGGUCAACGGCGAGGUUGAACGGCAUUCCCCCUCCGCUGAAGAAACCAACUGUUGGAACGUACUGCGAAUGGCACUAAACAAGAGAACAAAAAGCACGGGUUUGAAGAUGCACACCGCUGGUCGGAUGGUGUUUCUUUAUAUUAUAUAUAAACAUAGUGUGGAAAUACUGCAUUAUUUACCACUGAUCUCCACUAAGCACUGUUCAGCAAUACGUGCUCUUCACCUGCCAGCAGUGCCUCUUCCUUCAAGAGCCGGGCUCCUGAUGAGAUGCCUCUGAGGGUGGCAAAGAACAUUGUGCUCCGUUCUCUCAGUUCCUUCCCAGCCUCAGUUUUAACAUCGACAAUAGAAAGCACCAACAAGCGUGACAGUGAGGAACAAAUUUUCGAGGCGCCUUACACCAAUCCAUCAAAGUCGUACCAAAGAGUUUUUAGUUCUUCGGUGAAGCAGCUGGAUUCACUGAUGUGUAAUCCCUUUGAGGCUUAAUCUAUGUUUUGUUUCUGUUCUCCACCAUCUUCCCCCCCACCCACCUCCAGUUCCAGGGCCCACACCCACCAUCACCAGCACCCUCCAACUCACCAUCUUGUAAGACCUAACAAAGGAAAUGUCCUUGAGAACUGUUCUCACUAAAGGGGUUAAGGAUGCAGUGCUUAAAUGUUACUGCCCACUGGUACACAGACACCACCGUCUCCUCUGAUCCUGCUGAAAACUUCACUUGUCAAUGGUUAAUUUAGGAUUCUGUGUUAUGGUCACUUUUGAAGUUAAAGCUCUCUUGACAUUCAAACCUGAAGCAUCCUCAUUCUGGCAGGCCAGUAGUCAUAGACUGUCCAGAACAGAAUCUCCAUUAUUGAGAGCUUUCCUCUCUUUUUCCCUUGAAAACUUAAUUAGCUUCUGGAUGGAAAUGAAAAAUAUUGCACAGCAAUAAUUGUUUUAUUAAAAUUUGUUUUAAUCAUGUUUGAUGGACAGAAGAGAAAGAAUGAUAAUCAAAGGUUCCUUCAAGGACUGAACAGUCAGGAAUUGCGCAUUCUUCCCUGGUUGUUCACCCUCUCCCUUGUUGGGUUUGAUGGUGCUACAGAAUGUAUCUGGCUGCAAGUAUUUGGGUUAAAGAGUGAACCUAUCAACUUUCAUUCAUCACAGAGUUGGAAUCUGAUUGCCAGAACAAUCAAACCCUGUCACUAAUCUCAAGUGUAGCUUCCAGGGAGAUUCUGGUUUGACUAACUCUCAGUUCAAAGUCUUCAUUAAGAGAUGUUUCCUCUUUGCAUCGGGUUCUCUUCUUUGCUGAAUGUUUUUUUUAUUAUUAGGGAUAGAUGUUUUGGCCAAUUUUUCCAAUGGGUCUUCGAUAUGGUUAGAUAUGACAUCAUAAACAAGCCUCAUUCAUCAGUCACUUCUGGAGACCAUUGUGUUAGAACUGCUGGGAGCUUAAAGUUUUGAAGCUUUCCUCCCUGGCCAAGGCAUUUUACAGCUAAGAUCAGCAACACAAAAUCAUGACCCACUUGAUUAAUUUUUAAAGUUGUUGAGAAAAGUCUGGAGCACUUAGAGCCAUAGCUCCUCUAAUCACUCCACUUCUUACAAAAUCUUGAAUGGUGGUCAUUUCUACACCCACAGUAAUCCUGAUUCUUGGAGAUGAAACCCAACACUGCAAGGCUUUGCCCAUUCCCAAUAACUAUUGAAAACUGAUCAGAAGUUGUUUACUGAAAUGAGGUUAUGCUCAAGGCAGUCUUUGCAUGACACUUGAAGAAGUCAAUAAUGCACAAGCUCUGAACUUGCCCAUCACUGCAGGAAUAAUUGGAAUCUUCAACAAUGAUUUGGGUUCUGCCCUGGGUUAGAGUCACACGACAUGCAUGACAUAUUUUCUGUCUUUUGGUUUGAUCCGUGCAUAUCUUGACAUCCCAGCCAUCUUUGUGACCACUCCUUUAAAUGGGCCCAGAUUACCAACAGCAUAGCAACCUUAAGCAUCCCAUUUCUAAUAGCAGCCCACCAACGUCUGGCCAAUGCCAGUGACCACGUUUAGGUGCUCUUUUGAAAGGAGAGUGUAGAGUGACACUCAAUGACUCAUAUAAGUACUGGACCCAGUGGGCAAAUAUAGGUAGUGUGAGUGAUCAUGGACUUGUUCCCAUUUGAUGUAGCUGGCCCUCUUUAUCACAUCCAGUAUAGCCAUGAUCCCAUUCUCCAUGUAAGCUUACACUCUGAGCUGAGUAUGACUACACCAGGUUCAUAGAUCAAUCUUGUUUCCAAAUUCUGGGAUCAGAUACCUAGGUUGUAAACAGUUAGAGUACAGAUGGCACAGCAAAUGCUGUUGCAGCUUGGAAAUUCUGGCUAUCCAACCUUUCCCGAUUUGGUUUGACCAUUUUCAGACCGAUACCACACAUGAUGGUAAACAUAUAUGUUGUGCCAAUCAAUCUGGUGUGUUCAAUUACACCCAGUCACUAAUGUAGAGUUUACCCAUGCGGACUCUCCCUGCAUCACAGCAUUAAGAAUCUACAGGCUUUAUGCAGUGAGUCCUUUAGUAUGUUUCUACAUGUUAGCAGAGCUAGACCUUAAUAGUUAAGGAUUUGAUUGCAGCCUCCUGGGGCACUGUUAACUCCCAGGAAGGUAAAGAUCAAGUGACAAGGUUGGUUUUCUCUUAUGAGCUAGAACGGGGAAAAGCGCUGGCAAGAAUGUUUUGCUAAAAGGUGGCUCCAUGAUGUACCAUAUUUUCAAAAUAUAUAUUUGUGUAAGAACAUAUAAUGAUAUUCAAGCAUUUGAUGUAAGACCGCAGUUUGCUGAAACCAGCAAUGGCACCCGCACUUAAAAAACAAAGCGCGCAGUGAGCAGUAUUCUCUGGUAAAUGGAUGUACAGUUUGGAGCAAUCCUUUCACCUUCUAGUCCUUGUGCAAAACUUUACAUGCACAGACUGAAAUGAGAUCAAAUAUACACAGUUGGAUUUGUACAAAAGUUAGUCUCAAAAGCAUCAAUGGAGAAGCUAAGACAUAAAAUCCUGAAAAUACUUCCACACCAGUGACACCUGCCUGUGGACCUGCCCUCUACAAUGUCCUAUCAAGCCCAAGGCCAGAGCAACGUGUACAAGAAAAUCAGUCUGGGGCUGCACAUGCACACCAUUAGCUCUGUUGUGGUGCUGGUCACGUAAUAAAGGUGGGUCGCAGGGUGGGAGGGGGGUUUCGGGUAAGAGAUGCCCAAGGAUACGUAAUUAGUAAUUGGGAUUGUGGGAGUUGCAGUUAUGUGGGGACUGAUCUUGAGGGACAUGUUGAGGCAUCUGCUGGGAAGAGUUGGACACUGGGAGUGGAAGUUGUGGAUUUCCUAAGGGGAAGUUGUAACCUGAUCAUGAAGGAGAACUAGCAGUGAGGGAGUGUUGGCUGGGAAUGAAGGGUAGGUACAAAUCUGAAAGGUAAUCUAUUUUUAAGGGGAUCCACACACUAAAGCCCACAGUUACAGAGUUAGCAAGCAUAUUCCUAUUAUGGUCACACUGUAAUUGCAACUGCCUGCUUCUGCGUGAGAGGGCUGCGUCUUGGACAGGUUUCUGCAUCACAGGAAAGGUAGAAGUUGUAACACUAUUGGGCACGUUAUACACAUGAGGACCAAAAACCACUGACAUCCUACCAGAGCCAAAUAUUAAGUCAACACUCCCCAGAAUUUUGACCAUAUCCCUUCAAGAUGAACCCACAAAAAUGAAGCUGUGCUACACAAAAGAAUUUCUAAAUUGAGACAGCUUACAAGCGAAUUUGGAAGAAAGACGGCUGAGUUUAUGAUGGACCCCAUUCCACCCAUAUUUUCUCUCAUCGUUGUUUCUCUUUUACUGUCUUUUCAGUCCUUCUGCCAUUCUGCUUUUGCGACACUUUCACAUGAGAAAAGCAUCAAUUUGCUUAUUUUAGUAUGAGGUUUAAGGAAAAAAUGUUUCUUAAUAAUCAUGAAUACCUCACUAAAUAAGGCUCCAGGAUGCUCAGCACUUCUGCACAGCCAGACGAUCUCGAUGGCUUUAUAGUCAGAUUGCGGGACUGGAAUUGGUUUAUUAUUGACAUGUACCAAGACACAGUGAAAAGCUUUCCCUCCAUACUGUUUGUACAGAUCAGAUCACUGCACAGUUCCUUAAGGUAGAGCAAUGUAAAACAAUAACAACGUCCAGUAAAGAUGGUCAGUCUGGAUCUACUUCAGAGAAACUGCACUCAGAAUGCCAGUACAAUACUAUGGGACAGCUGGCAGAGGAACCACCUUUCAGAUGAAGUCUUAAACUGGGCCCAUGCUUACUCUCUGGGACUGAAGAGAUCCCAUGACACUUUUGGAGGAGGUAUACAUAAGAACAUGAAAUAGGAGCAGGAGUAGACUAUCUGGCCCAUCAGUCCUGCUCCGCCAUUCAAUAAGAUCAUGGCUGAUCUGGCCAUGGACUCAUCUCCACCUACCUGCCUUUUCCCCAUAGCCCUUAAUUCCCCUACUAUGCAAAAAAUCUAUCCAACCGCAGUAAAUAUAUACAUACACCUGAUAUCAUGGCUACAAUACACAUUAUCCUUCUGAAAACAUCAAUGAAAACCAGAGUUUCAAGCCACUGUUGCUCUCCUGUUUUGUGGAAUCUAUGGUUUACAAAUUGGCUACAUUAUUUUUUAAAUCACAACACCAAUUGGGCCAAUAUAUUACUUCAAUAAUACUGGAAGCUCGUUCCUAAUAGUAAUACCAGUCUCUACAAAUGUGCCAAGUGAUGACCAGGCCUUGGUUUGUAAUCAAACAGAAAAAUCAUGGAGCUAUACUGCUCACCACACCCAUACCAGGAGUUAGACCCAUCACAGCUAAUCCCAGAUACCUACAAUAGGUCAUUCCUUUCUGUCAUGUUUGCAUUGUUAACCUAUUGCUUAGAUAGAUGACUGGUUCUAUGAUCAGCCAAGUGAAAUGAAAUCUGUAUUUGGUAUAAUUUUUCUGGCCUCAUUUCAGGUUCAGGUAAACUGUACAGGCUUUUUGCUCCUUGCAGUCUCUCCCUCUCUGUUAUACUUAAAUAAUAUCUGCCUAUUGUUUUUUUUCCAAAUAGAUCACAAUGUUUUCUAGAGAAGUAAAAGGAGGAAAGGGCUAAUGAAAGGCUCCAGACAUUUUAAUUAGUGGGAUGUGGGUUGGUGUGCAGGAAGCUUUAGUCCUUAUCUGAUCCUGUCAUCAUGGCCUGCCAGUUGCAAUUAAUGCUUCAUCCAAAAUGUUUAAUCUCACGCUAUCUUUUCAGUUAAACAUUCCCCAUCUUUUUAUGAUGGUUCCAUCUUUCAUCUUUUCCUUUCCCUCCUGAGGCUUUCCACCUCUUUUGCUAUCUCAUUCUCUCCAUUUCUUAACACCUUUCUUUAAAUGUGCAUUUUUCUCUCCACUUCAUUCCUCAUGCCUUCCCCUCUGCUCUUCCUCCCUUUAUUAUUUCUCACUCUCUGCCUAUUCAAUUUCUCUCUCCUUUCCCAUUCUCUCCAUGAUCUGUAAGAAGUAGGCAUCAGUUGUGCUCUGUUGUUGAAGGAUGAUACAUGCAUUGGAGCAGGUUUUAGGAAUGUGUCAAAGGCUGCCCACUUAGAUUUGGGCAAAGACUAUAGGAGCACUGACCACUUAUCUGCUCAAGCCUUUCCUACGAUUCAUUGUGAGGUGGCAGAUCUGUGAUCUAACUACGUAAAGACCAUUACAUUAGCAGUAAAACCUUUACCAAGGCAUUAUACUAUCUUUUAACAUCCUAAUACCUGCGUUUAACAAUAAUCAUAUCAAUCUCAGAUUUAAAAUGACCAAAUAGCCCCACAACCUCUCAUGUGUGGAAAUGUUCCAAACUGCUUUCACCUUUAGAAUAUAGAAGUGUUUCCGAAUUUCACUCCUAAAUGAUCUUGCUCCUGCUUUUUUUACACUUUCUAGUCCUAUACUCCCCUCCUUCCACUUUUCCUGUAUAUGGAAAACUUCCAUUCAAAUUAACCCUUCAGCUUUUAGAUUCCACGGCGUAUAACCCUAGUUUAUGUCACAUUUCUUCACAGAUUAACUCUCUGAGAGUACAUCUCUCCGAUGAUGUGAUGCCCAUUCCUGCUCACAGUUCUUCUUAGUCAAGGUAGAACGGUGGGCUUCUAGCUGGAAGUUGCUCGGGCACUGAGACUAUGUCAAUGCAGAAUUAGUGCUUAGAUCAAUGAUUUUAGAUUAGAACCAUGCCACAUAUAUUUGUGAUCUUGCUAAACUCAAGUAUGCUGCUUUCAUCAAAGUCAAUAAUAAAUAUUGUGAAUAGUAGAGAGCCUAAUACAGAUUCUAGUGGUCCACUUUAGCCAAAGUGAAUAGAUUCCUAUUGCCCUCUCAUAUCCUGAACUAGUGCAUAACUUGCCUUCCACUCAGUGACCUGCAUUCACUAACAGUCUAUUGUCAAAUGCUUCCUGGAUCUGUAUAAAAAAACAUGCACAGAAAUUCCCCUGUCCAUUAUUGUCAUACCUACCAUUUUUCUAGCAGUUACAGUUUCUAAGUCAAACUAAUUUUGGAGAAUUAACAAAGGGCACUUCACACCCAUUUCUUUUAAAUCUUUGCUCAGCAAGCCAUCUGGUGCUGGGGGAUUUUCAUUCUUUUUAGUGUCAUUAUUUGAUUACUUUUGUUUAUAGUUAUUUAUUCCUGAUUUAAUUGUUGGCCCAUCUGGCACGCUAUCCUUUUCCUCUGCAAUAAACUUAAUGUUCAUCAAACAUCAUUUCCUUGGUUCAUUAAUAGUAUCACUAUUAUCAAUAUUCCACAUAACAACCCUCUUUUCUCUGAAUUUCCCCUCAGAUAUGCUUGCAGCAGUCUCCUGGAGAACAGUCUUUAAUUCUUGCAGGCUCCCAGGAUGCAUUGGGUACACUGUAGAUUUGGCAACAGAAGAUCACGCAAGUUGCCUUGUGAUUAAAGGGAGCUGAGCUUCAGCUUUGAAGGGAUUGUCAACCGGAGAUAAGCAAUCUAUACUUGGAGUCUGAUGACAGAUCGAGUAGCAGCGAGGCUGGAGGGAGUCACAGGCAGAGUACGUGAGGGGAGCAUGUGGAAACUCCAACAGUCAUCUGCCAAGACAUUGGAGGUCAUCCUCUUUUAGUUCUCUAACCAUAUUGCCCAUGACACCAAUGCCUUUGCAGUUUUGCAAGGUUGGCCAAACAUAUAUUAGAAAGGGCUCUGUGGUGACGUUGCACUAAAAUGGGACCAGUGCAGUUCUGGAGAUGGGAUGGGGCAGAGAGUUGGGUGACAGCAUGUAAGUUUCUCAAUUGUUGCAUCACUGCUGUGUUUCAUGUGAGUGAGACACCAUGGAAUCUUAGAAAGAGUUAGCAUGGAAGCGGGCACUGACCAUCAAUCACCCAUUUGACACUAGUCCCGAUCCUACAGCUUAUGACCUAUACCCAGAACCUCCAACUUCUGCAGCAAUGUGGUAGGCAACUGGUGACAUCAUUAGCAGUGUGACUGACGUCUUCAAAACAACAGGACACACUGCGCGGAUCAACACCCAAAAUUCUGCAGGCCAUUUUCCUAAUGGGUGUGACUUCAUCUGGCAAAAAUCUCCAGUGUGACUCAACUCGUGAUUAAGGAAUUGAUGCAAUUGGCUUCAAUCUUCAGGCUUUUGUGUCUUAGCCCUCCAGAGGAUAAACAAUGCAUGAACAAACACGUUAAUGCACAUGUACAUAGGAUCAUCUUCAUGGGGCCGCUCUUUUAGUGGAUUGUUUCAUGGUUCUUCCUUUACAAGUGACUUGUCAGGGGUAGAGAGCCACUUUUAAGCACCCUCCUCCUCCCUUGAUUCUUCAUUUAUUGGCAAUCCACCACUCGCACCACGCCGAUGAAGAGUUGGAACAUUUGCUCAGGAGGAAUGAGAUCAAAUGCUUGCAGUUAUACUGUUCAGGCAGGUUUUAUGGAUGCAGUCAUUUUACAAAAGUGAACAAAUGUUUCCUGCAAUCAUUGAACACUGAGCCAGUUAACGCAAAAGAAUUGCCUAGGGAAUGGACAAAUGAUUAAGAAACUACACAGAUGUUGAUCACUGACUGCUGACAUCAGCCUUGUAAGAAGUGCAAGGAAAGUCCUUUUUUUUUGCUCUAAUUUAUUCUAUAUAAUUUAUUUUGUGUAUUAGUGGUCUAGUUAAUUUUUUUCUGGUGUGCAAUUUCUCUGCAAUUCGUUGGGGCGGCAACACCAGCUCGAAUGGAGUGGCCCUGUACAAUCACAUCCUGAAGCGGGCACCCCAAGGUUGGUACUGAGAGAGAGAAAGACAGUGCUGGUGCAGUUGAAACCAACCACUGGUGAAGUGGACAUAGCGAUCUUAUGUAGGAAGAGUGAUGCUUUCUCCCCGACGUUGGGACAGCUCCCUGUAGCAUCAGUUAAAAGGAACUGCCUUUGUUGAGUGCGGUAAAGCCCUCCCAGCCAAGUCAUCACUGUCCUCCACUCAGCUCACUGUCCUCUUGGCAGCAUGGCCUCGUUCAGCGAAGGCCACUCAAUUGCUUGCUCAGUGUGUGUGUGCGGGGGGUGGGGGUGGGGGAGCAAUAACCUCAGCGCAGGUGUUUGGUGUCUUUCCUAGCCGAGCAGCGAGACGUUUUUAUUGUUGGUUUGAGAAGUUCGAGUUGGUCUGCAGGAGGGAAAAAGAGAAAUGUACGAUUCUUGGUAGCAAGCCCCUUCCCCAUCCCACUUAGUCAUCCUUUACUUGCAAAGCUUCAAGAGGAAUGAAGUUAAAUCUGAAGGACUGACUUGUAUCAAGGGCCAGAGCCAAGUGGAAACAAGGGAUAAAGAAUGCAUAGUUCAACAAGGUACUUGCGUAUCGACUACAAUCAGACAAAAUAUGUACUACUGCACAGUCCAUUCUUUCCCCCACUGAGUGGCAGAUUGUACGUGACCUUAUAAUCAACAGUGUGCUCAGUAGCCAUCUGAGCUGCAAGGUAGUGCAAAACCAUCUCCAGAACAUUAAUCAUCAUCAUUACAUAUUUAUAUCCGCAUGGUUUUAGAAUGGCAGACAACUCACAUUACAUACGAGAGGACCGUUACAUUCUGAGCUCCUUGGGUGCUUUUGUUUCUGACCUGUAUCUUUGCCAAUCCACUUCUCUUCCAAUUGGGACUUCCUCGGGCUACUUACACAUUGACCACUUAAUGACUGCUGUUCAAAAGCCGGCCAGGAUAGCCAACACAGAUAAGACUUGUCGUUGAGGCCUUCUCCCAAUCUCCAUAGAUCCUCAGCAUGGAAGUGCACCUUAUUCAGAACCGCUCUCAGGGGAAUUAUAAUCAGUAAUGUUAAGCAGGGAGGGGUGGGCAGUUGGGGAAAGCGUACAACUACUGCACCUACUAAACAGUAUUUAGAUUAGGAGUUCCCAAUCUGGGGAACCCCUGGCCCCUUGGUUAAUGGUAGGGGUCCAUGGCAUAAAAAAGUUGGGAGCCUCUGGUUUAGAUGGCGACUGUUAAAAACAAACAUCUAUAUGAAACACACAACAAAUUGGAUGAGUUUAAAAGUCAUUUAUUAAGAAUAUCACCCAUGUUAGUAGGGGUAUCAUAAACAGUGGGUUGUGAAUUUAACAGCAGAGAAAGAUAGCCCAUUUCUCAGAAUCUAGUGAGGUAGUUUAAAAGGUUAUGGAUGAGGAGGUACUCACGUGACAUGAUGGGAAUAAAAUUCAUUUGGAUUGGCUACAGUAAGAUUAGCUGAAGACUUUGGACUUCUACCACACCCCUCCUGGAGCUGUACAUCACAUCAUAAACAAAAGAUUAUCACCAGUAUUUGUUUCAUGCACUGAACAACAUGGCAUCAUCUUGUCAGUAAGAAGGCCUCCUGUGUGACAUGCGUUGUGAUGAACGUCCCGAUUAUGAAUUUUUGUUCAAUAUUUAGUACUCAAAACAUGGUCUAUUGGCAAAGUCACUAUUUAGCUUAUCUUGAAAAAUCAAUUGACAGACCAUCAUUAACUGUUGGCCAUGGUUUAACCCGGAUAUGUGUCCAGUUCAGAUACUCCAUGGAGGUACAGAUAAAUACAGCACGGAAUCUGGCCCUUUUGCAUCAGUCAAUAUUAAUCAUUUUGCACAUAUAUAGCAAUACAAUUUGCCUACAUUAGGGCCAUAUCCUCCCACGUCUAAACAGUGCCUGUCUAAAUGCCUUUCAAAAUAGUACCGUAUUUGUAUCUGAAUCCACCACCUCCUCUGGCAAUGAUUUCAGACAUCAACGUGUAAAAACUUCCCCUCAAAUCUUGUUUAAAACACAUUUUAUCCUCUCGUUUUUGAUACAUGUUAUCAGUUCUUACCCUUUGGUGCUCGGAUGUUUCAAGACUUUUGACCCCCCUUUAAAGUUUCAGGACUUCUCCCAGCCCUGAGUACCCAAUUUGUUCUUCAUUAAAGUCAACAUUAUUCAGAUAUCAUCCUUGAGCAGAGGUCACUGAAGAACAAGUGGCACCUGAGUCCUCAGCACUGUGAUGGUUCUCAGUAAGAAGGAGCCAACUUGCCCUGAUCCCACUUACUUUACCACUUGUUCCCAAUUUAAAACAGCAUCACAGGACAUCGAGCCAACAUUCCAGCCGAUCUGUUAGUCUCAAGCUGUCUUUUAAUUACUGUGUUGAUUCACUGUUCUAGUAAUCAUUGUGGGGGAGAGGGGCAAAUCUUACCUGACAGACAGAAUAGAACUGUCAGACUAAAAAGGACAGGUCUGUUGUUCUAAUAUUGUGACCAACGUAGAAGAAAACAACCUCCAGGAUCUAUCCCCUUGCUGGCAUGGUUGAGAUCUUUGUACGUGAUCUUUAAGUGAAAUGGCUCCCUUGAGGCAGUUGGCUUAACAUUGGUUUCAACUUUCUCCAACACAAUUGCAAAGGUUACAGACUGUACUGGGACAGAUGGAGGAACCAGGAACAAACAAACUCGCACUGGAAUGUUAUUUUUGUAUUAUUACUGUAUAAUAUUCUCUUGUGUGCUGAAGGGCUUUGUACCCCUUUGGCCUUUCAUAAGAAAUGUGGCUGUACAGAGUAUUUUGUGCUUUGUGGGUUUUUAGCUUGUUUGCUUUGUGUGUCCAAUGAAAUCUAUGACUACUAAGGAGAUGUUCUCUUGAUUUAAAUAUCCUCAGAUUUCUUGUAUCUGCUGGUCACAAUCAUCUUGUCUCCCAGUCUCACACUGACCCGACACAGCUCCAGUAGAAAGCUCCACCUAAUGGAAACAUCCCGUAGAUGGGCCCAGCUUGAGAAAAUAACUCCAUGGGCAUUUGCUUCACAAUCUACAGAAGUGGGUUUCAAGAUUUUACACCUGCCCGGGUCCAGAUUUAACUUGUAACAAAUCUGGAGCUAGCCCGUUGGGUAGCCGGUGGGGGGGGGGGGUGGGUGGAGUCAACAUUUCUCUGCUAGUGAUGGCACUGGACUAAUUCAGAUUGUCUUUGCAACCACGUGAAGCAAGUGCCCUGUUCAUUAGGUCUCCCUGUGCUAGAUCUUUAUAAAUGGAAAAACUUUAGUGUGUGUCAUGCAGGAAGUAGGGUUAGGAACAUCAGGACAGCAGGAGACCAUGCAGUUGAGUGAAUCUUCCACUUGUUGAGAUUGGUAUUGAAGGUCCAUCUUGGUUGCAUAACCCUAAUGCUGUUGCCCAAUAACAACAUAGGGAACUCUGUUUUGAAAUUUUCAAAGGAGCCCCAGGGUUAAUAUUUUGAAAUUAAAACUGAAGAUAAAACUCAAAGUUGUUACUAGGAGUGAGAGUUUGGGAACAGAAGCACGUGUAUGAUACAUUAAAGACUGAUUUUAUUCCAGGCAGUAAAUGGGUGUUAAUAAAUAACCAUCUAGUAAAUAAAGCAUUGCAGACUCCUGCCUCAGAGCACUGGGAGACUUAGAAGACAUAAUGAAACAUGACCCCAUGCAAGCUAUUCAGCUGUAACAGGCAGUUGGACAUAGGGGUACGUGUGCUUUCAUUAAUUUGAUUCUUGUGUUUCCCAGCUAACAUUCCAUUCACUGCUGGAACUGCUUGAAGCUACUCCUUUUUUGAUAUUUGUUUUGUACAUAUGUUUUCCCCUUGAAAAUAACAUCAUUGUCUUAAAAGCCGCACAAUCCCAGUAAACAAUGGACAGGAGACCCAGUGAUCAUGUAGCAUAGUUCAGAACAAACACAUUGGGUAUUGUGUGUGUUAUUAAGACAAGGGGAAAUGCACUCACUUACUGUAAAUAGCUGAAAAUGAGAGCUGUUUUUUCCACUGUGCAAUAUAGUGCUGUAUUGAUGCUUGGGACCUCUUUCAUAUGCUAUGGGUUUAGGUUUAUGUAAGAUAUUUGUAAACUAUCAUUUCUAAUAAAAUCAGUUGA